UCCUUCCUCACAUCUGCAACAUCCAACCACAAUGUACAGCAGGAUUCGCUUGGUUGCGAAGUCGAGUUUCUCCACCACGAGGCUCCUGUCUUCAGUCGCUUCCACGGAUACACUGGAGGAGAUACUGAGAAAGAACGGUCCACGACUCAGUGUCCCCUCUCUGCUUCAGCAACGCGUCGACUCGGGUCACCCCGUCACGCUAUCGGAGCUCCGGUUCAUCUCCAAGCGCCUAAUCAGAUCAAACCGUCACGAUCUCGCACUCCAGAUGAUGGAGUGGAUGGAGACUCGAAAAGAUGUUCACUUUAGUGCAGAAGACACUGCUCUUAAGCUGGAACUGAUCAUUAAAAACCAUGGCUUGAAACGAGCUGAGGAAUACUUCGAGCAGCUUCGAAGCAGCUCUGUUUCGCUGAAAGCAGCUUACCUUCCUCUCCUUCGUGGCUACGUUAAAGGUAGAUUGGUUAAGGAAGCGGAAGCUCUCAUGGAGAAGCUGAACGAGCUGGGGUUUCUUGUAACUCCACACCCGUUCAACGAGAUGAUGAAGCUUUACGAAGCGACUCGUCAGUACGAGAAAGUAGCGAUGGUGAUUGCGUUGAUGAAGAGGAACAAAAUACCGAGGAACGUUCUCUCUUACAAUCUCUGGAUGAACGCGUGCGGCUGCGAAGCAUCGGGUGGUGUUGGAGGUGUGGAGAGUGUUUAUGGGGAGAUGGUUGGUGACAAGAGCGUUGAAGUUGGGUGGAGCUCGUUGUGUACGCUAGGGAGUGUCUAUGUUAAGUUUGGUUUUGUUGAUAAGGCUAAGUUGGUGCUUGAGAGUGCGGAGAAGAAGUUGAACAGGAGCAAUAGGCUUGGAUACUUCUUCCUCAUCACGCUUUAUGCUUCUUUAGGAGAUAAGAAAGGAGUUGUUCGUCUGUGGGAAGGUUCCAAGUCUGUUUCUGGGAGGAUGACUUGUGCGAACUACAUAUGUGUGUUGUCAUCUUUGGUGAAACUUGGCGAUCUUGCGGAGGCUGAGAGGGUCUUCGAGGAGUGGGAGGAGAAUUGCUGUAACUAUGAUGUUAGAGUCUCCAAUGUUCUCUUGGGUGGUUAUGUGCGUAAUGGACUGAUCCGGGAAGCCGAGUCUCUGCACAACCGUGUGUGUGAGAGAGGAGGUAAGCCAAACUACAAGACUUGGGAGAUUUUGAUGGAGGGAUGGGUGAAAUGUCAUAUGGAGAAAGCUAUAGAUGCUAUGCACAAAGCAUUUGAACUAAUGAAGGGAUGCCAUUGGAGACCGACUCAAAGAAUUGUCAUGGCUAUUGCUGAGUACUUUGAGAAGGAGGAGAUGAUCAAAGAAGCAAACACAUAUGUUAGAGAUUUACAUCGUCUUGGUCUUGCAAGCUUGUCUUUAUACAGAUUGCUACUUAGAAUGCAUGAGCAUGUCCAGAGGCCAGCUUCUCACAUCUAUGAUAUGUUGAAGCUGGACAACAUUCAAAUUGGCUGA